CACGUUGUAAACAAAUAUGUUCAAAAUCGUGUAUGCUUAUCGCAGUUUUGUUUCCACUAUUAUCUGUCAGUUUAUAUCGGGUUUUCUUGGCGAACACACGAGGUUACACACAGAUCGUACACGAACAUACGCGCGCGAAGCCGACUUGAUUCAGAAGUAAGCCUAGCCUCUGUUCAUACUGAUUCAUCACAAUGGAUCCUCGAGUAGACGAUGAAGCACCAAAGGAUCCAGCGGCUUAUCACAAACAUAAGCUUCCUUUUGAUGAAAAGGAUUUUGAAGGUACACCACCAUCACAAAGGGUUCAGUUCAUCCUGGGAGAAGACAACGGUGAUGAGAAACAUGAAAGUCACCCACUGUUCUCAGAAAUGGAAGAACUUGUCAAGGAGGGUGACGAACUCAACUGGAAAGAAAGAGCCAGGUGGAUAAAAUUCGAAGAAGAUGUAGAAGAAGGUGGAAAUAGAUGGUCGAAACCUCACGUAGCUACGUUAUCCCUUCAUUCUUUAUUCGAACUACGUAGUCUUAUACUCAGUGGAAGUGUCAUACUCGACAUGGAGGCUAUUACUGUUGAACAAAUUGCUGAUCUAGUAUUGGACAAUGUGAUUAACAAUAAUUGUAUGGCGGUAGAAAAAAGACAAAUGGUUAGAGAAAUUUUACUUAAAAAGCAUCGGCAUCUUCAACAGAAGAAACAUCAUGGACUACCAUUCAUCAGAUCAUUCAAUGAAAUGAGAAAUCACUCUACAUCAAAAAAACCACACAGAUCCCAGAAAAUAGCAAAGAGCGCCAGCUAUAUAUCAAUAAACUGCAACGCAAGCUCCAAUGAGCUGGACACCAUGGACACCAAACUCUCCUUGAUGAAGAAGAUUCCUCCAGGAUCAGAAGCUAGCAACAUUCUAGUCGGCGAAGUGGAUUUUCUUGAAAAACCGAUUUCCGCUUUCGUUCGAUUGAACAAAGCCAGUAUUCUAGGUGAUCUCACUGAAGUACCGAUUCCUACUAGGUUUCUUUUUAUUCUCCUUGGACCAAGUUCGCACACUUCAAGCUACCACGAAAUCGGCCGCGCCAUGGCCACCUUAAUGUCCGACGAGGUGUUCCACGAGGUAGCGUAUCGGGCCCGCAACCGAUCGCAUUUAUUGGCCGCCGUAGAUGAGUUCCUGGACGCCGUGACAGUGUUGCCCCCUGGCGAGUGGGAUCCGGCAAUCCGGAUAGAACCACCCCCUGCGGUACCGUCGCAGGAUACCAGGAAAAGGCCCCAACCGCCCCCUCAGGAUAAACAGGGAAAAGGGGAAGACGAGGAGGAGGUCGAGCAGAAACUGAGAGAGGAAAUGGGGUUGGCCAGGACGGGGGUGCUUUUUGGUGGACUGGUAAACGACGUCAAACGAAAAGCACCAUGGUAUUGGUCCGACUUCAAAGAUGCAUUUGCUAUGCAAUGCAUAGCCUCCUGGAUCUUUUUGUACUUUGCAUGUCUAUCACCAAUCAUCACCUUUGGAGGACUUUUGGCUGAGGCAACAGGUCGAAAUAUGGCAGCUAUGGAAUCUUUAGUUUCUGGAUUUGUCUGUGGAAUGGGAUAUGGUUUUUUCUCUGGCCAACCAUUGACGAUAUUAGGAUCUACAGGACCAGUACUAGUAUUCGAAACAAUUGUAUAUGACUUCUGUCUAAAGACUGGCUGGGACUAUCUAUCGUUUCGCUUUUGGAUAGGAACAUGGAUAGCUGUUAUUCUACUUAUAUUGGUUGCAACAGAUGCUAGCGCAUUCGUGUGCUACAUCACGAGGUUUACUGAAGAGAGUUUUGCAGCUUUAAUUGCAUUUAUAUUCAUAUAUAAGGCUAUAGAAAAUGUCUUAGCGAUAGGCAAUAAGUAUCCAAUAGGAUCGAGUUCGAAAGAUUACAGUCAGUCAUCAGAAUGUCUUUGUAUAUUUGAAGGGAAUCCAGGUUUAAACCAAACAAGUAUAGCAGACGAAGCACUUUGUCUGAAACUCAAUGGCACGAUAUCAGACAGUUGCUUCACGCCAAAUGCUGUACCAGAUGUUUUCCUCAUGUCUGUUCUGCUAUUUUUCGGAACAUUCAUAAUCUCUGUUCAGCUGAAAGAAUUCAAGAAUGCGCUAUUUUUCCCUUCCAAGGUUCGUCAAUUCAUUAGCGACUUCGCCGUGAUCAUAGCAAUUCUGUCCAUGACUCUGCUAGACUACAAAGUAGGAAUAGCCACCCCCAAAUUGGAAGUACCGCAUGAGUUCAAGCCAACCCUGCAUACGAGGGGGUGGUUCAUCCCCCCGUUCCAACACAAUCCAGUGUAUUCUGCGCUUGUGGCUUUACCUCCCGCGCUUUUGGGGACUAUACUUAUCUUCAUGGAUCAACAGAUUACAAGUGUUAUCAUCAAUAGGAAAGAGUUCAAACUCAAAAAAGGUUGUGGCUAUCACCUGGACCUCUUCGUCUUAUCCAUCCUGAUCCAAAUCUGUUCUUUCAUGGGCCUUCCCUGGUUCGUAGCUGCUACAGUGCUGUCUAUAAAUCACGUGAAUUCUUUGAAGUUGGAAUCGGAAUGCGCAGCGCCUGGAGACAAGCCCCAAUUCCUGGGGGUUCGAGAACAACGUGUGACUCACAUUCUGAUUUUCCUGUCCAUCGGUUUGUCAGUGUUUUUGACGCCUACACUUGGACAUAUUCCGAUGCCUGUGCUGUUUGGGGUCUUUCUCUACAUGGGAGUUGCGUCCCUUAAGGGGCUGCAGUUCUUUGAUCGGAUGCUGAUUAUGUUCAUGCCGGCCAAGUAUCAGCCGGAUUACAUGUACCUCAGACAGGUACCUGUAAAGAAAGUCCACCUCUUCACCAUCAUUCAAGUAACCUGCCUGGCCUGCCUGUGGGUCAUAAAGUCCUUCAGCCAAACGUCGAUUUUGUUUCCUCUAAUGUUGGUGGUGAUGAUCGGUAUCCGAAAAUCUUUAGACUGCGUCUUCACGCAAAGGGAACUGAAGAUAUUGGAUGACGUCAUGCCUGAUAUGAUCAAUCGAAGACGAGUUGAAACAGAAAGAGUAGGCUGCUGGCAGAAGUUCGUCAAUUGUUUCCUGGGACCGAAGCCUAUCAAGGAGAAGGAGUAUCUGAAGUGUAGCCAGAUGGCAAAGGAACCGUGAGGACCUAAGUGUAAGCUUAUAUGCUGAGCAAGGGAGCUAUUUUUCUGUCUUGUUGUAACAAGCUUUGUUUUCUACAUCUUAUCGUAUCCGUCUCAUGAAAGGAUUUUAUUGAUCAGUAUUUCGUAAGAGAUUGUUUCCAAAAAUAUACUAAAACCAUAUAAUAGCACGAUGCCAUUUUUUGGCAGAACGUACUUGAGAAAAAUAACACCAAAGGCUCCUAUAAGCAUGGAUCGUAAAAUGCUCCCUUUCCGAGAUGCAGGGUGUUGAAGUAAGUAAAUGCAUACUGAGAGUAUAAAGAUGUUUUAUAAGUUGUAAGGUUUCUUCAAAAGAAAAAUAUAGAAAAGCAAUCAACGUUAUCGGGUUAUCUUCAUUAUCCGCAAAAGGAAGAAUUCUUGACAUUCAGUUUUUGAUGAUUAUUUUUUCCAAAUAUCGUCUAUCAAUGUGGUUCAUUCUGGGAUUCUAAUUUUCGUUGACGAGUCAAGCAUUUCUAGUGGUAGGUAUUCGGUGGCGUUAUUGUACCAUGACAGUGCAUAUGAUUUGCUGCCCGAAAUUCAAUCCCAUGAUCUUUAGUACAUGUGAUAUCCAAGGGCGGAUUAAGAGGGACCCCCCUAAAUGCCUAAGUUUGCCAUUUUUUAAGAAAAUAUUAUCCAAAUGUAUUGGUGUAAAAAUUAAAAUUACCUUGAUAGAUCGAAACCGCCACCCCCCUUUGGUAAUAUCAGACCACUAGACCUUUUCCUUAUAAUUUGACGUUAUUUUUAUGCUUUUAAUAAUCUCUUUGUUGAAAUUUAAAAUAUUCUUCUUUGAAAACAGAGAUGGGUUUCACAUUGCAAAUUGUAGAAAUCAGUUAUACCUCACCACAAUGUUAUCUAAAAAAUAUAUGCCUCUGCCUCGGUAAAAUAUUUCAUGGCGUCGGUUCAUAGAACACGUGGAGAAAAUAUUUUUUAACGAAAAAGACCCGAGUCUGUAAUUCUUGGCAUCCAAAAGGCAACGUUUUGUAAUCAGUGCAUCCGAAACCUCAUUUUCCAAAGUCUCAAUCUCUAAAUUCAGUUCACGUACAUCUUUGAAUACAUGUUUGGCCCCUUUUUUUGAGACAAAUGUCAAUGUUUGAAAAAUAACCAUGUAGCAACUAGACACGAAUAUAAUAUUUUUAUAACCCGCAACUCAAGAAUAUUGUUGAAUACAUGUGUAGAGAGAUAUUCAGAAUAUUUUAGUUUCUGAUUUUUGCAAUCGAUGUUCCUUAUUUUUACCAUCAAUGUCUAUGCAGUAAGAUGAGCCAUUCGAAUAUGCGAGUGCAUACCCAGUGUAGGUUUCAUUUAGGUAAGAUGUGACAUUUUUAUACAAUUGUAUUUGAUAUAACUUUGCUAAUCACUGUUCGACUUAUAAUUUAUCUUUAACAAACAUCAACGUUUUUUAUGCGUUAUAUCAACAUUUUAAUUUAAUUGGUCAACCAAACCUCGUAAUUUUAACAUUUCGACUUUAUAACACUGUUCGAAUGUUGACUUAUACACGUGAUCUCAACGUUUGGAAAACGUUUAUGUACUAGCAGUGCUGAAUACGUUACAUUACGAUGGAUUCAUAUAGUUACAGUGAUCUAAAAGAAAAUAAAUAGAGAGUAAGUAAUUUUUUUUAUAUGUGGCAAAGUGUAUGAACGUUUUACACUGAAUAUGUCCAAUAGGUAGAUGAGAUAAAUAAGAGUAUCAUUGGCCUUUGAUAGUGCUACGUUCACCUUUUGUAACAAACAAUGAGCUGAAGUAGUACAAAGCAAUAGAUAUACGCAUAAUAUAAUUCGGUGUUUUAUAUACCACGAAAUGUCUAUCAUAUGAUAACUGACGCAAAUUCGAUAGAAAAUACAUGUGUCAACCACCGUCUUUAUCGUGUCGUUGAAAAAUUCUGAGAAUACGAAAGCUCUGGUACAAUUAUGACGAAGAUUGAGAAGUGAUCUUCUGUUGGAAGGUCGGUAUCAUAUUGAAAAAUAAACAAUGACUUGUGUCUGACAAUAUAUGAUGGAUAUUUGGUGAUACAUAUGGAACCCUGAACUUAAUACAUGAGGUACUUGAAUGUGUUUAGUGAGUGUUAGAAACUUAUCACGAUACAUUAGUAUUUCAUUAUUUUCGGUAUGCCAUAGUGAAUGAGAAUCAAAAUGUACUUUUUUCGAAAAAGUUUUCAACAGACCCUUAGGAUAAGUUGUUUUUGGAAAUUAAACUAUUCUCGGAUAUCAAUUAAUCCUUGAUUUUUCUAUUCUCUAUAGAAGAGUCUGUUGGAUACUAAUAUAUGUUAAAUAGUUUGACAAGUAUAUAAAUGUAAUGGUAGUCUACAAAUAACCUAAAUGCACCAUCCAAAUGUACUGAGUUUGCAAAAGGAUGAAUAGUUGCUUGUAGAUUAUUAUCCAUAAAAGUUCAUCUUGGCAGAAUGGCACUAGUUGGUGUUAUGUGUUGAAAAAUUCUAUUAACGGAUAAUUGGUCAGAACAUUAGACAUCAGUGAUUACAUUGAUUGUUAGCCAAUAAUAAAAAUACCUUAUUACCUCAUACUCAUAAGCAAUUUUGAUAGACUUUAGACGAAAUGUAAUCAUUUGAUGUCGUUCUGUUAUUUUAGUAUGAUGUUAACAAUCUGUGUGAAAAUUAAGGCUCUAUGGAAAUUGUAUGUAUGUGAAACGUUUGUUGUAAUGUCAUUCGCCAAUAAUGUAUAGAUGCCGAUACUUAACAUCGCAAAUAUAAAAUAGUGUAUGUUGUUUAAUGUUUAGCGCUUCCAGACUCCAGAGAUGUGCUACACAGAAGAAUUGAAUAUUUAAAUCUGUCAUGCAUUAUUCUGGGUAUUCUCAUGUCUAUGUAUGAGAUAUUGAAGCGCUAUUUACAUUUGUAUGGAUCGUAUGUUAUACAAUAUUUAAGUAUGUUCUUAUAUCAAUGAUUCGUUUUUUGGAAUAAGAAUUGUUGAAAAAGGUUUAUUCGCUAUAUAUAGUAUCGGAAUUCCGUAUCCAGAAGAAAUUGCGCGAAGCUGGUUAUCGGCAUCUAAAUAUAUAAGUAUUAUUAUUUUUAAGUUGAUCCUUUAACUUUGAAAUUUAUAUAAUUGUGAUAUGAAAAUAUUAAUCUGAUCCAUAAGAUUAUAAUCUCCGUGUAACUCCUUACAGGAGUUUUAUAUAUUGAUAUAUACUUAGGUAAUAUACUCGCGUAAUACAUUACAUUAAUUCAUUGCCAUAUUCAAGAUUUCUAUAAAAUAAAGCUGGAAUAAGGUUUUUAUCUAACUUACCUUCAAUCUAAAAUAUGUUUUUCUUUUAGAAAGGAUUACCGUAAUGAGUAAUGCCAGAUAAGAAGUAGAUAUGGAAUAUGCAUCACAAAUUCAAAAAUAUUUUUUGAAGAAGUUAGAUUUGAAUUGAUAUUCUAUAAGAUGAUUCUUGUUUUAGUAUGAUGACUGUACAGAACUUUCCGAUGUGUCUUCUUUAGUUGGGCUUGUCUCAAUCCAAUAGAUGAUGCUAAUAGGAUAUCAAUAGUAAAUAUAACGUUCAAGUACUCCUUCAGUGAGGCAAGCCCCUCUUUUUUUUCAUGAAUUAUUAUAAUUGUAUAUUUUCACUAAAUCUUAAUAUUAUUGCUGUUAGUAUUUAUAGUUAAUUGUACAUGUUAGAAACUCGUUGGUAAUUUAGGUAAAACUAUAUUAAAGUUUUUGUUUCGUUGAAACCGAAGUCAAUUGUGAUCAUGCUUACAUUGUAAGUUUAGGUUUGUUAGAUUCAUCAUUACAUUCCAUUUGCUUGUUAACAUAUGAGUUGCGGCCCUGUUUUAUUUGUAUAUUUAAUUUUUUAACGAAAUAAAUAAUUCUUGUUAAUUUUUGUCAUUUAACUGAUCACCUAAUAUAAUCUCAAGCAACUUUAAAUGAUCUUGAAUUGGCCGAUAUAAUCAUUCCUUCAUUCUUAGGGGCGCAGAAUUGUAUAGAACCUAUUAGGCUUCUAGUAAAUUUGGAUUGUAUAGCUGCUCAAAUAUGAGAAAAUUAAAAAAUUCACCGUUUCGAACGAACAAUUUAUUUGAAAAAAAUCAACAACCCAAAUAAGCUAACAAACUUACAGCAUAUAAAUGAUAAAGAUGCAUAAACGCAACAUACACAACAAGAUAUAUAAAAUUACAAAUAACUGUAGUAAAUUUUUGCGCAUCAGACCUCAUUUUCAUCAAAGACAU